AUGCUCUACGGCGACGUGUUUCUGUACGAGUGUCUCUCCCCGCUGUCGGCACCACUCGCCGGCACUGACUUCUACCACACCGAGAGUGACUACUUCCGCGACUACUACCGCGACUACUACCGCGACUACUUCCGCGACUUUCACCACUUCAACGACAGCACCUACGCCACCGAUGCUGCCGAUACCACCAACAGCGAUGACGACGACGUGGUGGCCAGCUUUUACCGACAACUCGACCGCACCGUUGACGCCCUCGGCGACACCGUGAUCCAGCUCCACGACAUCUUGCACAACCCCGUCAACAACUGCCGGUACGCUUCCGACACUACCGACAUCGGUAAUGCCGACGCCGACGACGACGACGACGAAGCCAGCGACGACCCCGAUUACGUCUACGGAGACCCCUAG